CUUUAUGAUAAACUGAGGAGUGCCAUUGACACAAGAAAGAAAGGGUCAAUCUGUAAUUCUCCAUCCAUCGGAAACAUUAUCUGAUUGAUAAAACAACCAAAACCCUUCAUUUCUCUUUCCUUUUGCUUGAAUUGCUUCCCAAACCUCCUACGCUACUCUUCACUUCCCCUUCUCCCCUCUGCACAUCAGUCAAUUCAAUGGCUACCUCUUCUUCCUACGAGAAAUUUGAAAUCAGGAAACGAAACCCAGAUCCCAAAACCUCUAUCCUCUUAGUAAUCGACAUGCAGAACUACUUUUCCUCAAUGGCUGAGCCCAUCCUACCGGCCAUCGGAACCACCAUCGAUCUCUGUCGCAACGCCUCCGUCCCCGUGAUCUUCACGCGCCACUGCCACAAGUCCGCCGCCGACUACGGGAUGCUGGGCGAGUGGUGGAACGACGACCUCGUCCUGGACGGCACCGUCGAGGCGGAGCUGAUUCCGGAGGUGGGUCGGAGAGCCACUGGCGACGGCGAGGUGAUGGAGAAGAACACAUACAGCGCGUUCAGGGGCACGCGCCUCGAGGAGCGUCUGCGGGAGAUGGGAAUUGAGGAAGUGAUCGUAAGUGGGGUGAUGACGAACCUGUGCUGUGAGACGACGGCGAGGGAGGCGUUCGUAAGAGGGUUUAGGGUUUUCUUCUCCACGGACGCGACGGCCACGUCGUUGCCGGAGUUGCAUGAGGCCACCUUGAAGAAUAUGGCUUAUGGGUUCGCUUAUUUGGUUGAUUGCAAGAGGCUUCAAGAGGCCUUUUCCAUGAAGAAAUAGAGUCUCACUGUCAUCUGGUUUGUUUUUUUGUUUUUAAUUAAUGUUUGAAUGUUAAAUUUUAUGAAAUUUGUGUAUAGGGAAUGUUUGAAAUAUGAAUGAAAGGUUUGUUUAACAUA